AGAGAGAGAGAGAGAGAGAGAGAGAGCGCGAGAGGGAGGCCGAAAGCUUCCUUCCUCGCCGACGAUAGGAUGGAGUUUUACGACGUGGGAACCAGCGACCUUAGGGAGCUCUGGGACUCGUACCUCGUCGAGUCGAGCCUGGGUCAGGACGUCCUGAUGAGCUGCGGGACGAAGGAGGACGAUUGGGGAGUCGGCGGUGGGGUCAGCCUGCGCGAUUGCAGGCAGACGUCGUUCGGCGUUGUGCUGCGCGAUCGGCUUAUGACCGACGCCGCCCUCGGGGGACCAAAGCCCAUCAAGUCCGAGCACAGCUAUAGUCUCCUGGCUUGUAGCCCGCCGCCACCUUCCUGCGGUCCCGUGGGCGGGGUCGCGCCUCCGAGCGGCCUCAGGGUGCAGCAGCAGGCGCAUCGACACCAGGUCAGCUGCACCGACGUAGCUGGCGUCUUCGCCGGGACGAUCGUGUGCACGAGCGAGCCCAGCCGACUGGACGUAACGGACAUGGAAGAAGAAUGUUUCCCGGCAAUUUCCAUGAAUACAGCGUCAGGAAGGGAUUCCUCGAGAUCAUCGCCAGAACCUUUCUCAUCAGUAUCAAACGGCAUUGAAUUAACAAGGCCACGCCAUCUUUGCGACAAUAUUUCAAAUCAAUGUACAAUCAUCAAAGGGGAACCACUUAGUGCUCCAUGUAGUCCUUGCACAUCAGAUGCCACCAUCCUCUUAGAGGAUAAAAGUACUGUUGCUAUUUCACCUCAUAAUCUUCACCUGACUGGAUUUUCCUCGCAAACAAGCGAUAGUGAAGAUGACGACGAAGAUAUGCAUCAGGAAAUCAAAGUUGAGACGUUGGAGCUGCCUUGUGAGGACGACGCGAUCGACCAGACGUCCAACCAGGAUCUGCCACCCACACCGCCGAGCAGCGCGAGUUCCGACAGCGAGGGCACCGUCUCGGCCUCUUGCUCCCCCGAGCGCAGGGACUCCCAUGGUUCCGUCCACGUGCAGAGCCUACGGGGCUUCCUCCAGCCGAGGCUAUACGUCACGACGAACGGGGCUAUCGGUCAGCACGGGACUAGUACACGCCAGCCCAUACACACGCCCCUAAUCUCUUGUCAACCGAAAGGUUCUACGGGCAUUCUCGUACUGACUGAAGAGGAAAAAAGGACUUUGAUUGCCGAGGGUUAUCCCGUACCUACAAAAUUGCCUCUCACUAAGCAAGAGGAAAAAUCACUGAAAAAAGUGCGCAGGAAAAUAAAGAAUAAGAUAUCAGCUCAAGAGUCGCGUCGAAAAAAGAAGGAGUACAUGGAUGGUCUCGAAAGGCGAGUUACACUCUUAACGAAUGAAAAUUCGUCCUACAGAGAAAAGGUUUCAACUUUGGAAACUACUAAUCGUCAGCUGCUGAAGGAAUUACAACGUCUUCAGGCAAUUAUCCAGAGAAAGUCUUCCUAAAUGUAUUUCUCUCCAAGUUUG